AAAUAAACCGAUAAACACCACCAACAACAACAACAGACAGUGCAGCAAGGUGGGCAAAGACCCGCGCCUGAAAACCUCACUUUUUCCGACAUAAAUUCGCGGGGCCCGCUUGAUCAUGGCAUUCGUCACAGCUAACUGGAAUCCUCUAGGCGAGGCUUUCUACAGAAAGACUGAGCUGUAUGAGAUGGGCUGGAACUUAAAGGAUGGUUUGAGAGACUGUCUCUUCGCUGCAGCGCCUUAUGGAGGUCCCAUUGCUUUGCUAAAGGAGCCGCUUCGUCGCUCUCCCAGUGCUAGACCACUGAUGGAAAUCUACUCAUCUUCUGGGGUGUCCAUGGCCAGUUUCCUGUGGAAGAGUGGUGUAGUGAAGCAGCUAGGUUGGACAGUGAGCGAUGACCUUCUGUGCAUUCAGGAGGACGGCACUGUGCUUGUCUACGACAUGUUUGGAAACUUCAAGAAACAUUUCAGCAUGGGCAGUGAAGUGGUUCAGAACCAAGUGCUUGAGGCAAAGGUGUUCCAUUCACCUUACGGAACUGGGAUCGCCAUAGUAACGGGGACAUUUCGGUUUACCUUGGCAACAAACAUCGAUGACCUGAAGCUACGCAGAUUACCAGAGGUUCCAGGUCUGCAGGGGCUUCCCUCCUGUUGGGCAGUGUUGACACAAGACAGGCAAAGUAAAGUACUGCUCGCUAGUGGGGCUGACCUCUUCAUUCUGGACAACACUGUCUGCACUGCCGUGGCCCCUCCAGGUCUCUCUCCGCAGGCCACGAGUAUAGUCCACAUGGCUGUGUCCUUCAGCUAUAAGUACCUGGCCCUCUUCACUGACUCUGGCCAUGUGUGGAUGGGCACGUCCAACCUCAGGGACAAACUGAGUGAGGUGGAGACUAAAAUCAGAGCUCCCCCUAAACAGAUGGCUUGGUGUCGCAGGCCUAAGAGUCAACAGCCCUCAGUGGUAAUUAUGUGGGAUCAGCAACUCCUAGUGGCUGGACAGUGCAAAGAAUCUAUUCAGUAUCCCCUGGACGAUGACUCAGUUUUGGUGCCGGAGCUGGACGGGGUUCGGAUUAUUAGUGGAACACACCAUGAGAUGCUGCAGGAGGUCCCAGGAGCUUGUGAAGAGAUCUUUAAGAUUGCUUCGAUGGAACCAGGAGCACUGCUACUAGAAGCCCAUAAAGAAUAUGAGAAGGAGAGUCAGAAGGCGGAUGAGUAUCUGAGAGAGAUUAAAGAACAGAGCCUGCUGGGAAAGGCCGUCAGACAGUGCAUAGAGGCCGCGGGUCACGAGUACGACCCCGACACUCAGAAAACGCUGCUCAGGGCUGCCUCGUUCGGGAAGUGUUUCCUGAGCAAUUUUCCACCGGAUCAGUUUGUGAGCAUGUGCAGAGACCUGCGAGUGCUCAACGCAGUGCGGGAUUACACCGUGGGCAUCCCCCUCACACACACACAAUUCAAACAGAUGACUGUACAAGUUCUCAUUGACAGGCUAGUGUAUCGUAAGCUUUAUCCACUGGCCAUCGAAAUCUGUCGCUACCUGAAAACUCCAGAAUACCAAGGAGUGAGCAGGGUCCUGAAACACUGGGCCUGCUGCAAGGUCCAGCAGAAGGAAGAGGCCGAUGACGUGAUCGCUCGGGCGAUCUGUGUGAAGCUGGGCGAAACGGCAGGCAUCUCGUACUCUGAGAUCGCCACCAAAGCUUACGAGUGCGGCCGAACGGAGCUGGCCAUUAAGUUGUUGGAGUUUGAACCUCGCUCUGGCGAGCAGGUUCCUCUACUACUGAAGAUGAAGAGGAGUCAGCUGGCCUUGAGCAAAGCCAUCGAAAGUGGAGACACUGACUUGGUGUACACGGUGGUCUCCUACCUGAAGAACGAGAUGAACAGGGGAGACUUUUUCAUGACACUUAGGAACCAGCCGGUCGCGUUAAGUCUUUACAGACAGUUCUGUAAACAUCAGGAACAGGACACACUAAAAGACCUAUUCAACCAAGAUGAUGACCACCAAGAGCUUGGCAAUUUCUAUGUGAGGGCCAGUUACAAAGAGAGGAGACUUGAAGCACGGAUAGGUCUUCUGCAGAGCGCUGUGGAUGAGUACUACAAGGCCAAGAAUGAGUUUUCUGCCAAAGUCACAGAGGAGGAGAUGCGUUUGCUGCGUGUCCAGCGGAAGCUGGAGGAGGAGAAGGGGGAGCACCUGGUCGGUUUCUCCCUCCACGACACGCUGAGCAGUCUACUAGCCGUGGGCCUCCACAAACAGGCAGAGCAGCUUUACAAGGACUUCAGAGUGCCGGACAAGAGGUACUGGUGGCUGAAGCUAACGGCCCUGGCUGAGAAAGAGGACUGGGAGGAGCUGGAGAAAUUUGGCAAGAGCAAGAAGUCACCUAUUGGCUACCUGCCAUUUGUAGAAGUUUGUGUGAAACACCACAACAAGUAUGAAGCCAGGAAGUAUGUGUCAAAAGUAACACCUGAGCAGAAGGUCAAGGCCCACUUGGCUGUUGGCGAUCUGGAGGGAGCUGCGGACGCGGCUAUCGAGCGGAGGAGCGAAGCAGAGAUCAGCACGGUUCUCUCCCGCUGUUCUCCCACCACCGACCGCGCUCUGGUCGAACGUCUGAACCGCGCCCGAGCCACCGCCGCUAAAAAAUGACCCCAGGAUAUGUCACAACACCCAAAAUGCAACUGACAAAGACACAGUGGCAAAAAUUGUCCUCUGAACCUCGUCACCUCUGUACUAAUGUUCUGUUGCCUGGUCAGGUGGACUUCGUCCUUCAGGAUACGCUGAUGAAAGAAUGCAUAUCAGAAGACAUGAAGAGAGCAAAAUACUAACACUGUCGCUUUUUUCUCCACAAUACUGAUUUUUUUUUACUAUUAUUCUUUGUAAAUAGUUGUUGGUGUAUUUGUGAGAGACGCACGUUUCUCUGUCUCAUAUUCUUGAUCUGCUCGUGUCAAUAAUCUUUCUGCAUUCUCUCAAGCUUGUAUGUCUGUAAUAGUCUGCCCAAAAUGAAAUACGGUGUAUUGUUCAUUAAACAAUGAUCAUGC